AUGUCAUGCAGGCUACCAAAACUGGUCGCUUUCGAUCUAGACUAUACCCUUUGGGAUUUCUGGGUGGAUACCCAUGUACACCCUCCAUUGAAGCGAGACCACGUCACUGGCAAAGUCAUUGAUAGUCAGCGCAAGCCCAAGACAAUCGACUUCUACAGGGAUGUGCCACAGAUCAUGCAUCGCCUACAAGCAGCCGGCGUAACGAUCGCUGCAUGCUCGCGGACAGAUGCGCCGUCAUUAGCUCGUGAAGCCUUGGGUCUCAUACUUAUACCCCCGAAGUCCGGUAGCGAUAGCAGCGCGAAACCAAUUCCAGCGAUCAAGUUUUUUGACCAGCUGGAGAUUUACCCAUCUUCCAAGAUAAAACAUUUCAAGAAACUUCAUGAGAAGACUGGGAUACCCUAUGAAGAGAUGCUGUUCUUCGACGACGAAUGGAGGAAUCAGGAAGUAGAAGAGCUUGGCGUGACAUUCACGCUUGUCCCAAACGGUCUCAAUGAUAGAAUUCUAGAGAAGGGGCUAGAGGAAUGGAGAAAGAGGCACCCUGUUAAAGUUGCUGAAGACGCUGUGGGAGCAGAUGUCACUCUUAUCUAA